CUCUCAUUUCACACUCAGGCUUUUCAGCCCAAAUAUCUGGUUCAGUGGAUGGGAUCAUACCAGGAUCGACGUGUUGCCCAACAUGACAUAGGCAUUCGCACAAGUUUUAAUUUGGUUUCUGGGUUUCAAGCUCAGCAUGUCCGCCGACUUUUGGGCCAGCUAUGCCUCUGGUGCUAUCGGCAUCCUGAUUGGAAACCGGCUCGACGUUCUGAAAGUGAGGGCCCAGGCAAGCGGUGGGAGUACCAUUAAUCUUGGCCCCCUCGAUUAUACGACGAACCUCGAGAGAUUUACAGCAUUGUUCAGAGGUGCGGCUGCUCCUAUUCUAGGCUAUGGGGCGUUGAACUCGAUUUUGUUCAUGACCUUCAAUCGGUCAUUGACAUUGAUGGAUCCAAGUAUCUUCGAUUAUACAAAGCUUGCUGGUGUCGACCUUGGCAAGAUAUGGGUGGCUGGAGCCGUUGGUGGGCUGGCCACGUUUGUGGUAUCUGCGCCAUCUGAGCUGAUCAAAUGCAGAGCUCAGCUCGUCGUUGAUGGACAGGAUUCAUCUUAUGGAGUACUGAAAGACAUCUGGAAGCAUCGGGGCUUUAGAGGUUUCUACUUCGGUGGCACAAUCACUGCUGUUCGGGAUGCAAUCGGUUAUGGUUGGUAUUUCUGGUCUUAUGAGCUAAGCAAGCGACUCCUUCUGUCCAGACAGCCGGACCCCUUUAUCCCUCCUACGGCUGCAGAUGUCUUGAUUAGCGGGGGUAUCGCCGGUGUCGUCACAUGGGUCUCCAUCUAUCCUCUGGACGUUAUCAAGACUCGCCUUCAAACCCAGCCUGCCUGGCAACCGGAGAGGCAAGGACUACUCCCCGGAGCCCAUGCAAAUUCCCGUCACGUCCGGACUUCUGUUGAUGUGGCGCGUGAAGUAUGGCGAACUUGUGGCUUUGCUGGGUUUUACCGAGGCGUUGGGAUAUGUAGUCUGAGAGCAUUCGUCGUAAAUGCCGUUCAGUGGUAUGCCUAUGAGAGGAUCAUGGCGUUCUACGCCAGCUCAGGCUAAGGUGUACCGCAUCUGCUGGAACCUUUGCAAGGCUAAGCAACAUAAUUUAAGACUUAUUGGUUGGCACGAUCAGCCCAGCGCAAAAAGCUGCAGUGGCCAUUUGCGAUUUCUAGACGGCAAAUCGUUAUCGA